UUAACAAUCAGCAAAAUCGCACUGAAGAGCUUUGGAGAGCAGCUCAUGGAUUUUGUUUUGAAAGCACGGCUUCCUGUUUCAGGCUGCUUAAUUUCCUGGUGCUUUUCAUUAUCUCGUUGUUAAACCUUUUAAAUCCUCCGGCUGACGCCACCGUUGUGAUAACAAGCGUUAUCUUGACUGACAGCAGGAGAAGCGCAGCAGAGCAGCUGGGUUAAUUCUGGAAAUAGGAUAAACACAGUGGAAUAUUACUGAAUAUUUUAGUUACUUUGUAAUGUUAUGUUCUUAACAGCGUUUCACUAAAUAAAAACAAAAACAAAUCCAACUGUUUGUAUUUUUAGUUCACUGUGAAUAAUAUGCAACAGAAUAUGCAAAAUGUUUUUUUAUUCAAGGUAAUAAAAAAACAUGCUCAUUUUAUCAAAAACUCCAAAGUGUUUAAAAUAACAGACAUGCUUUUUAUGUCAACAUCAGCAACGUUAGGUUUUAGCGGUAACCCUCAGACUUAGUUUUCUGCUAAAGUCAAUGUUGUCUUCGCACCCUUUUACCAGAAUUAACUCAGAUAAAUUCAAAGCAGCAGAUCAGUACAAUUUGUUUUCUUUUUGUUUUUGGGUGUACCUAGAUUUGCUUGAGAUGCUAUUCAAAAACCUAUCGGUAGGUGGCAGCAGCGCGCAGGCGCGGCUCAGCACAGCAGACUAACAGUGACGAAGUAAAAGAAUCAAAACAUUUCAGACUGUCCGAGAGAGACAGAGCUUAUGAAAUGUGAAAAAAAGAAAAUAUUUAAAAUGUCUGAAUUACUCAGUAAUAUUACGUGGACAUUUUUACGGUGUGGUGACACUUUUAGUUGGACUUGGGACGAAUGUUAAUCCGAGGAAAAGGCGGUUAAUGUUGUUUUAUCUCUGCUGCUCUGUCAGUCGGCUAGCUUCUUGUUAGCCAGCUAGCUUUCCUGGCUCAGGAGCAGCUCCAUUGGGAACUAUGGGAUGAACAUGACCAUAUAUAGACCGGACACGGAGCUGUCCCGCCGGUGAACUGUAAACUCACCCAGGAGGCUGACAAACAGCGGUAAAAAACAACAUGUCAGCGGACCAGAUCAUAGCCAUCGUGGUGGACGACAGAACCUACGAGGUGAACAAAAAGAAGCUGAUCGAGAAAAGCGACUACUUCCGAGCGCUCUACAGCUCCGGGAUGAGGGAGUCCACGGAGGACUCCGUCCAGCUGCAAGGACUCAGCGUCCCCGGCCUGGAGCUGGUCCUGGAGUUCAUCAACACCUCCAAGGUCCAGGUGGUCAACGAGACCCUCGAGGAUCUGAUCGAGACCGCCUCCUUCCUGCAGGUCACCUCCAUCCUGAAGCUGCUGAGCUCGGAGAUCCGGCCGGAGAACUGCGUGGAGCUGUACAAUCUCUCCGAGGUGUACGGGACCCACGACCUGAGGAGCGCCUGCCUGAAGUACAUGAGCUGCCACUACCACCCCAUGCUGCGCCGGCCCGAGUUCCACAGCCUGCCCGCCGCCGUGAGGGACCAGGUCCGGGAGAUGCGCAUGAGGGGCACCGCCACCCUGGUGGCCAUCGGAGACUUCACCUGUCUGUCCCUGGACGUGCCCGAGCAGGACGAGCCCUGGUCCAUGCUCAGGUAUGGAGAGGCGGAGCAGCGGUGGAAGCCCCUGGCCAACAACCUGCCCCCGGACAUGGUCAACGUGAGGGGCUACGGCUCUGCGGUCCUGGAUAACUACCUGUUCAUAGCAGGCGGCUACAGGAUGACCAGCCAGGAGAUCUCCGCCGUGCACUGCUACAACCCCUGCAGGAACGAGUGGAAUCAGGUGGCUCCUCUCAACCAGAAGAGGUCCAACUUUAAGCUGCUGGCGGUGCAGGGGAAGCUGUACGCCGUGGGAGGCCAGUGUCUGGGCACCGUGGAGUGUUACACACCUGAGCAGGACUGGUGGACCUGCGUCUCCUCCAUGCCUGAUCCUCUGGCCGAGUUCUCAGCCUGCGAGUGUCGGGGAAUGAUCUACGUCAUGGGCGGAUACACCGCGAGAGACAGAAACACCAGCGUGCUGCGCUACUGCGUCGCCUCCGACACCUGGUCGGUCUUCCAGACGUGUCCCGCCCACGUCCGCAAGCAGCAGAUGCUCUCGGUGGAAGACACCAUCUACCUGGUGGGCGGCUACACCCAUGAGCUGGAGGCGGGCCGGCGGCAGCAGCAGCAGCAGCGGCGCCCCAGCCAGACGGAGGACGUGCUGACGGUGCAGUCGUACAACGUCUCCACGGGGGAGUGGGUCCAGCUGAAGGAGAACACGUCCAAGUCGGGCCUGAACCUGACGUGCACGCUGCACAACGACGGCGUCUACAUCAUGAGCCGGGACAUCGGGCUGCCCACCAGCCUGGAGCACCGCGUCUUCCUCAAAUACAACAUAUUCUCCGACGCUUGGGAGGCCUUCAGACGCUUCCCGGCUCUGGGGCAGAACAUGCUGCUCUGCUCGCUCUACCUGCCCAACACGCUCUGACCCGCAGCCCAGUGGAAGCCCACCAGAGGAGCGCUUGGAGCGUGUUGCCGCGCCGAACGGGGCUGCGUGUGUAAACGCACUGCUGUGGGGGACGAUGUUCACAGAAUGUAGCCGGUGAUGGGAAUCAGAGCGAGCUUAAAAAAAAACCCUGCGUCUGUUUCCGGUCAGUAAAAAGCGUCAGGAUGUGACACUAACAGCAACGCUCAGGGCGGACGAAGCGGGAAGAAUAGUUGAAGUUUUCACUGUGGGAUCCUGGGAAAAGAAAGUCCCAAAAGUUUAAGAAGUGAUCGGAAAGGAAACACCGUUUCUUUGUUAGCCUUUCAUUCACUUCAUUCUGCUGCUGGAUUUUUUAAAUUCAGCCAUGAAACCAAGCAGCAGUUUUCUCUCCAACAUUCAUACCUGAGUGUUGCUGUUAGCGGUGCUUAGUAUGGUGCCUGGAAAAGAACUUAGAUCUUCAGACUGACUACUGGUCAGGCCCCUUUAAAGAUUAAAAUUGCUUAACCUCUACAGGUACACUUUUUUUUUUCUUUUUUACGAUCACCACCAUUCAUGAAACCACCAAAUAACCCGAUACAGUCUUAGAAAAUGUGAAGAAAAAGGUUUCCCAGGCACCAAAUGGGGAUGAAUUGAGCUGCAGCCCUACAUCAACACUGAGGUUUACAGUUUCUAAUGCUAAUCACUAGAAGAUGCACCAGGUUAAAAUAUGACCUACACAAUCAUUUUGUCUUAAAGCCAGGUUUUACGGCGCACUGUGUGACAUCACCUCUGCUCCUAAUGUGAAUAAAUAAUCAGCGAACGCUUGAGGCAGGAGGGCUGAGAGGAAACGUUUCCAACACUGGAGGCGGCUAUAUUGGUAUCAGCAGGUCGAGGACUGUUUCCGUCUGCUGUGCUGGAUUAAAAAGAAAAAAAGUCUCCAUCCAGAAAGGUUUUGAAGCACGUCAGAGCAGCAGUGAAUUACUCAACAUCCCACCUAGAGUGGGCCGAAGCAUUCCCGAUGUUUACACUCCAUAUAUGGAGUCGUGCUACGUGGAGAUCUGUCCCCGCUGGGUUUAAAACUACAUUUCUUCCCGUUCUGUUUGCACCUAACGGAGGACGGAGCUCCGCUUUACGCUGACACUUUAAUGAGGCUGGGAGAUCCUUGAAAGCUGCAGGGAAGGAGGCGCCUCGCUGGGUCUCAGUUUUUUCUGAGCAACACUAAAAAAAGCUUAAAGCACAGUCCCACGUGUGCCUUGUGCAACCUCGGUAAGAUCGUAGGAUCUUAAAGAGGAGGGGGGGGGGGUUGGGGGGGGGGCACUUAAUGCAGGAAUCAUCGCCAGCAUCUGACCAAAACUGCUGUUUUUAUUCUGUGGUUUUGUUAAAGUGGAUUUUGGUUGUUUUUGAACAGAAGUGCUGAGUGCUGUUGUGGUAAAUGCAGCGUUUACAGCUAGUGACUUGCUGGAGUUUACAUUCUGUUGCUUGUUUGGACAUUUAGGUAAUGAGAAUAAAGAUGAUGUUCAGGGG